CAAGGACGAGAAAUGUCCCCCCUGGCUAUACCGUAUAAAGUAUAGUUUAUAUUAGAUACAUUGAAUAAAUGCAAAAUUCAUGAUCAUAUAUUAUAUUAUAGGAUCGGAUUAUUUUCACAAGUGGUUUCCCAUCGAUCGUUGACGGCAUAGUUGAAAAAUCAAAAUAGCAUUGGCGAUGAGAAAAUAUUAUUGAAAAAAACAACGCUCCGUCCUUCUGAAUUUUCGAAAUGGACGCCAUUGUAGCAGAGUAAGAUACGAUUACGUUCUGCUAAGACGGCUGACUGGAUUCGUAAUUUUAUUUUCAAUAUAAAUCUUUUUCUCGGGUUAAUAUAUUGUUAUUUCUUUCGUUUCAUAAGUUUAGUGACAUUUAAUUAAUAAUUUUUACCGACAAUUUCUUUGCCGAUCGUCUUUAAAUUUCGCUUACUGUUCCGACACUAGCGGAAUUCGUUUGCAAAUAGAGGACAAGCGUUAAAGUUAAGAUAAUAUUAGAGAAGCGAAGAGUGUUGUAUUGUACGAACUUCUCCAACCCUAUAAAAUACUCUAUACCCGGAUACAUUGGUAUACAAGGAGGUAAUGCAUCCGUAUAGGUUUUUAAAAAUCAUAAUUUAAUUCGUUCGAGGGUGAUUGUUAAAAAAAAAAAAAACGCUCAGAAUAUAAAAAAAAAUCUGUAAAUCCUGAACAAUAAUAAUACCCGUUAAAAAAAUAAAAUAAAAAUAUAUAGGACAGAUUACGCAAUGAUCGAUUUUUCGCCAGAGUAAAAAAAUUAUACAAACGUAUAAAAUACUAUACUACAACUCGUACGUAUAGACGAGUUCAUAGAUUCACGUAAUAUUAUCAUCGCAUUCACUCUCGCACGCUCGUAAAAUAUAGUGUUUAUUUUAUUUUAUUAUUAUUAUUAUAGUUUUUUUUUCAUAGAUAAACACGCCGAAUCCGAAACCGUUACGUUCCUAGACCGCGGGAUUUCAAUAGCGAUUUCCGAUCGAUUAUAUUAUCAAUAUUUCCCUGUCGGACGCGAGUGCACUCGCAGCGAAUCUCGCAAACGCUGCAAUACCAGUUACCAAUAAUAAUAAUAUUACAUUAACACGAAUCCGGAUUCGAGUGGAUAUUUUAAUAUUAUACAGGACCUAUCCGUAGAUUAAAGUUUCGCAUGAGCGGCGCGAGGCGGCGGCGUGGGACUGACGCCGAGAAGACAGUUCCGCGAUUACCGGUUACCGCGAUUAAAAAACGACGUCGUAUAAUAAUAUCACGCGUGUAUUUAAUAUAGUUGACCGGUCGAGAUAAUUGGAAUGAAAUGGGCGUACGGAAUAAAAAAAAAAAAAAACAUGUACGCAGAAAUGAUAAAGAGGGGGGGGGAAAUUCUAUACGACACGCGUAUCCCGGUUAUAAUAUUCCAAACGACAUUUUUAUAGGAAAAAAAUCUAUACGGGUAUUAUUAUACGGAUCGACCGGAAUUCCAACGGCCGGGGAACCGCCGAAACCGGCCAAAAACCGCUGAAAUUAUAUUAUUUUUCUAGUUUUUUUUAUUAUUAUUAUUAUUUUUAUUUAUUUAUAUUUCGAGUUUUUUUUUUUAUUUAUUUAUAUUUUGUCAUUUUUUUUUUCUACGCUCGCGUGCAUCGACCGCAAACAGCCGUCUUAUCUCGGACCGAUCAUCUCGAAACGAUCGAAAUUUUUAUUCGCCUAUACGAGUACACGAACGUAUACGGUUUAGUAAAAAUUUAUCUAGAAAAAGAUAAAAAAAAAUAACGUAUAGUUGCUCCGGAACCAUCUAUAUAGAUACGGACGCGAAUAUUAACAUUGUUGAACGAAUGUAUCGUACAGCUGUCGGGAAGGUGGAUUCUGUAAACGCGAACGGUGAAAAUCACUAUAACACGUAGAUAUAGUAACUCGUACGUUUUAACCAAAAGUAAAAAUAAUGCAUACAAGUAUUUAAUGUUUUCUUCUUCUAUCAGUUUUAGAAACCAUUGAGGUCCAUGGCUGCAGAGCGAACUUCCUUCCGUCUCUCUCUGUCCAAGGCUACUUCAUUAUCGUUUGUCUAUCCCUAUAGUGUUGUCUUAGUUUCUUAUUGUUUUUAUCAAUUCGUCUCUGAUAAAACAAUAAUUUACGCGAAGCGUUUAUUAUAUAUAAGUAUUUUUUUUUCCGGACGAAAGACACUGCCUGGUUGCGGUGAAAUAAUUUCGUUGUAGGUGAGGACGAGGAUGAUUUUUCAACACUUUUUAAACAAUUAUUACAAUUUUCAUUUUUUUUUUCACACAAAUACAUAGGUAUCUAUAAUUAUAUGUAAAUUAUUAUAAAUAUUGAAAGGGGAAAAUAUCAUGGAGAUAAUAUAUUCCCCUCAUUUCCUCCUGAUUGACCGCGACUAAAAAUACGUAUUAAACACUCGGGUACUAGUGUUUGUACACAUAUUCCCGGACAUCGCUUCUGUGCAUUUUUUUUGUUCUGCCUUUAAUCUACGACCGCGCCUAUUAUAUCCGUUUGAAUGUAAUGCAAAACGACAAAAUAAUAUCGAGGUUUGGUACACCUUGUAUACAAUAUAGAAUUCAAGUAAGUGAGUACGUCAGUAAUUUUUCAUUUUUAACUCUCGCGCGUGUGUGUGUGUGUAUUUUUGUAUGUGUGCAAAGAGACGCGCGCGAGUUUAGUGCAAGACCGAGUGCAUAUUAAAUUAUUAUGUAUACACGAAAUGCUCGCGAGCUCAAACAUCGGGUGUGUUAUUAUUAUAUUUAAUUGAGUGGUGAGUUUUUUUUUUUUUAUCCCCAUUGCGUAAUCCGCUAACUGCAACGAACUGCAUAUUAUUAUUAUGUAAACCGCAGAGAGCGAAAAAACUCUAAACGAGUUAAAUCUAUUAACAAUAAUAAUAUAUACGUGGAUAAAAAGGCGUUUGAAAUAAGAAAUUACUCGGGAGUAACAGAACGGAAAAAAAAACCGCCAAAGUAAUAAAUAAACAAAUACAAAACCAGAAGCGAACAAAAAAACCGGAUCGUAUAAUUUUUUUGAUUUAAAUUAAAUGAAAAAAAAAAACCAACUUGGUUCUCUUUUAGUACUGCAGUAACGCCCUGUACAACAAUAUUUAUCAGUUACGGAUAUUUUAUAAAUAAAUCGUGUUUUUUUUUCAAUUAAAAUUAUUAGAAUUAGAAGGAUAAAAAAUAAAAUAAGAUUACGAUUGAGAUAUUAUUAUUUUUUUUUUAUCAUAGAACGUUCCGCCUCGAAUUCUUCAGUCACCGAACACCUAGAUAUUUUUUUCGUUAUAUUUUAAAACAUAAUGUUUAAUUAUCGGUGUUAAGACUUGGACAUUUAAUAAUACUUCACAAGAAAUCGAUAUUUUUGCUGAAGUGUUAAAACCGAUUUAAGUUUAAAAAAAAAUGUAAUUUGUAAAUAAAACACUGCGCCUUGAGCAUGUAUUAUAAUAGGAAAAUGUCUAAAAAGAGGUAGGAUUGACUGUGUGACGCCACGGGGACAGGACCCGUUUGGACCAAUUUUGAAGAACCGUUUGGGUUAAAAAUACUACUUUUAUACAGCCUGUUUGGACUAGAAUUUUUCUUAUAUUAGUUUAACCGAAACGUUUAUUUAGCGAGCUUUUAUACAGUAGUAUUUUAUCCGUGUUGUCUUAUCGUACAUACAAUUUUGAUACACAGAUAUCUAUUGUAUAUAAAGAUAAUAGAUAUAGAUAAAUAUUUCAUAUAAUUGGAUUUUUGGUAUCUUGCAAAACUAAAUUAAUACACAGAAAUUACGUGUAAACCUAAAAAAUUUAAUUUACCCACAACUUAAUUUAAAAAUCAGUUUUCGUAGUUUAACGGAACGUUUAUUUAACAAGCCUUUAAAGAAAUUUAAAAGUAUUGGUUUAACGGGCUCACUAAAUCCUGGUCCAAACGGGUUGCAGUUUUAUUAGUGGCCCAAAUGCGCUUCGCCAAUCCAUCUUUAGAAUAUUCUCUAGAAUAAUUAUUAUCAUUGUUUUUAGCAUAUAGGACAUCGGCGUGAGUUAACACAAUCAACCGAAGUAACUAUUAUAAUAUAUAAGUAACGUGUAAGUUAGUAUCUAGCAAUAAAUAAACAUAUGAAAAAAUGACUAAAAUGGCGCAACAAUGUAAAAUUGGAAAUACGGUAAAUACAGGGCGAUCAAGCUAUCGCAAGACACUAAUUAUCUCGGAGUGUAUUAACUUUUGUUGAACAUUUAUUUUAACUAAUACUCCAUACAUUUGUGGAUUUUUUUAAUAUAGAUUGUCAUUUAAAAAUCAAAAGUAGGUAGUGUUUUUACUCCCAAAAAUAAGAGCGACAUAAAAUAAAAUAAUUGUAAAAUUAUAGAGCCGCUUGUCUCUUAAAUGUUCUAUAAAAAAAAUUCUGAAAAAAAGUUAUUACUCUACAACAUAACGCGCGUCUAAAAUGUUCACUCUGUAUAUAUAUAGGGCAAUUGUAUGACUUAUUUUUAUGUUAGUGGGAGUUAAAUAGAUGGAUGUCCAGCAUUUUCCAGCCAUUUAAUUGCGUUUUCUUCACCUCCAUGGGCCUUGCCACAGUCGGGUAUUGAACCCAAGACCGUGCCAAAUCUAAUCUAAGUACUACUAUUUUUUUUUUCUGUAUAGACUACCUACCCAAUCGUUGAGAAGUUGAUUUUAUUACUAUAGAAAUUAUUGGGUCAAUUUCAAAAUAUUAUGCUAUAGACUUUUUGGAAACAAGAACUAUAACCUCCUAUGAAUAGUGAACACCAGUGUCUGGGGGUAGGCGAAGGGCGUUGUGAGGGGACGAGUAAACCCCCCCCCCCUCGUUUUUUUGUUCAUUGGUUAUUUUUGUAUAUUCUACUAUUCAACAAAAUAUGGUAACUUAUAUAAAAAUGAUAAGUGCAGCCCCCUCAAAAAAAAAAAAAAAUGGCUAAUAUAAUUAAAUGACCAAAUACAAUAAUAAUACAAAUUUAAUUGUAUUCACAAAUAAAACUCACAAAAAUAUGUCGGGAGAUCACAAUCUAGGUGCGUUAUUGUAUUUCAUCAAUGUUAUUACUUAUUAAUAAUAUUUUUUUCGAAAUUGAUUAAAAAUUAGUAUACUGUAUGAUUUAUUUUAUACGGUUAUAAUUUAUAACCGUGUAAGGGCGGAUGUUCAUGCAUAUGCAUAUUUUUUUCUUUUAAUAAUGAAAAUAGCAGAGUAAGAUAGACAUUUUUUUUUUUUUUUUUUUUGUGACCUUUAGAAGACGAAAGCAAAAUUGUUAUGUUGCGUAUAUUUACAUAAUUCGAUCCAUUUUUCUUUCAAAUCAUAUUUACAUUUUAUUAAAGCAUAAUAAUGCAUAUCUGGUAUCUUUAGGUUUUACUUGAUGUUUAACAUUGAAUUAUUGUCUAUUUCAAUUACUAUUAUAGAAAUUUUAUCUUUAUCAAUAAAUGUUAUCGAUUGGAAAUACCUAAUGGGCAAUGGCUAAUAGGUACUUAUGGGUACUCUGAAUUACCGUGACAGUUUAUCGUUGUCCGUAGUCCGAUUUACGACGAAAGCUGGUGCUUUGGUUUAGUAUUCCGUGCGAGUAAUUACGUGUUCGUAUUUUAUAAAUAUUUAUCAUUUUUUUUUUUUUUUUUUUUAAUUAAAAAAAAAAAAAGUUCAUUAGUGGUGCGAAUGCGAUAAAUUGUUUCUGAAUUCGGAAAACCAAAUUUUUCAACCGGAGAGAUAUGACGUUUUUGAGCAUAUUUUUAUAUCUUUUAAGGUCAAUAAUGACGUUUUAUCGCGCAUAUUUUAAAAUUGUAUACUGUAUGUGUUAAGAUUUUACAGAUCAUGAACACUCGCCCUUCAAUUACAAAUAAUAUAAUAUAUUUAAAUAUCCGGGUAUUGUAAAUUACAAUUAAAUCAUUUAAUAUUAAAUUACUUUCAGAAUAAUACCUUAUUCGUUAUCAGUCAUUGAAAUGCAGUCAUCUGAAACGUGGCCUAUAUAACGCACAGCGGAUGCUCCGAAUUGACGAGUCUUCUAAAAUUAUUCGGCGUGUGCGUUAUUUUCACAGACACAGGCCAGUGGCAUUCUGGAAACUGACAAUAAUUUCAUUCGCGUAUAGCUAUCUCUACACCGUAUUCGUGUACGUAUAUAAAACAAAAGUGUGAUAAUUUCCUCAUUGGAGUGAAUCAAUUAUAAUUCAUCUGUAUUCCCGUUGCUGUGAAUCUCCGGUGACAGGUAGGCAAUUAUACAAUUUACAACAAUCAGAUCUGUGUAAUCAAUUAGGGAUAACUUCAGAAGAACAGUAGUGUUCCCCGUAGGUACGAUUUUAGGUUAGUUUCAUAGGCGGAUAACCUUUAUUAGAUCUCUACUCACGACUCCCAACAAUAUUUCCUCUUAUGGGAAAAGGUAAUAUCUUAAUGAGAGACAUUUAUAUUCUUGUUUGAAUUACUUCUACCCUGACCGUCACUAUUUUUUAGAAUUAUUACAAAGUGGCGGCCAAAUAAGUGACUAUCAAACUAAUAAAGAUUCGAGAUUUUAAUAAAACGUUUAAAAUUAUUUGAAUAACCCAAUAGAGGAUUAGUUUAAAAAAAAAUAAAUAAAUACAUAAAUAGUUUAUAAUCAAAUAUCGAUUGAACUAAUUUAAAUAUCUAAAAAGAUUCGUGUAACUUUUAAUAUACAUUUUAAUAUUCCAAAUGACGAUUAAUUGAAAUAAAUAAAAGAAUCUAAAGAAAUUUGUUUAAAAUAAAUGUAUUAGAUAAAUGCCCGUACAAAAAUUACCUAAUGAAGUACCACAAACUAGGGUUUAAGCUCCCACGCCCAUUUUCAAGUAAAAAAACAACGUGCAUUAAAUAAUUAUAACAUAUAUUACAUUAUAUUAUGUUCCUAUCAAUAUUAUUUCUACCGCUACAAAAAUUUUCAUCGGGCUGCUCAGGCAAUUUACUUUUGUCUGCAUCACCUACACCAGGGGUAGACAAACGGUCGAUCCCGAUCGACCAGUAGAUCUAAGAUGAUUCUUUGGUCGAUCUCAAUAUUUUUAGAAUUUAUUUUUAUAUAAUGACUAGAUAAUUUUUGAUUUAAAUCACACAUUUUUACUACGUUUUAAAAAUUAAUAAGAUCUCAAUAGGGUGCACCUAUCGUUAAUAUCGUCUUAUUUUUUUUAUUUAUCAUCUUCCUUCAACUUAACUACACCAGAUUUAUAUCAAAUGUUAUCAUGAGCUGUAUUAAAAGGAAGUAGACAAAACAAAUAUUUAUGAAAUAAAUGUAUUCUAUGUGUAUGGAUUAUGAAAUAUGUUUCUUGUGAUUAAAUGUAUAAAACAAAUUUCCCAUAUGUAUAACCUCCCUAAGUGACAACCAUUUUGUAAUAUUUGCAUAUUAGUUUAACAAAUUUUAUGAGAAACACAAAAUAAUUGAUAAUUAAAGCUAUUGAAAUUGGUUGUUUUUUCAUACAUUCUCUACAUUCUCACAACUCUAAAGUUUAGACCGACGAUGCAAUCCAACCCUUUGACGCAUAUUACCUAGAAAAAAAAAUACCAAAAUUUGGAAUAUAGCAUUAUCAAUAAAAAAUGUUUCAAAUAUGAAAUAUUAAAAUGAUUUUACAUUUACAAUCUUUGAUACAUUAAACAAAUUUUUAACUUGUUUCAGAUUCCGAGAGUAGCGGUUUUACUAUUAUUUUUACAAUGCUGUUUAUUUAUUUUUUCUUUUGUUCGCGUCUGUGGACACGUUUUUUCCUAGUAAACUUGCUCAAAUGUAUAAGAAUAGCACCUUUUCUAUAAGCUCAAUUUUUUUAAAUUGUACUUUAAACAGGUAAUUUUUUAAUUUUCGACGCCAUUUGUCAAAUAAAAGAACUUAAGUGGGAAAAAACGUAAGAAAACGUCCAAUUUCACGAUUUCAUUAUUUUAUAAAAACAUGAAUAACAGUAAACGUUUCUACUAGAAAAAUAAUUUAAUCGAAAAAUCACAAAACACCUUUUUUGUUGCCUUUUUGGUUCACUUUGUUACGGUAUUCAUGUCAAAACUUUAAGCCAUCUUUGAAUUUAUUUGAUGUAAUUUGUUUUAAAAUGCACGAAGGUAUUUUAAAAUUGGUCAUAACACUCAUUUUAGACUUACUAAUACAUGGUAAAAUUUUCAAAACCAUCGGACGACUUUUUUCCCUUUUUUUAAUUUUCUUAUAACAGUACUUUUUUUUUUUAUUUUUUUUUUUUUUUAUACUGUAGACCACUUUUGUCCUAGAAAACUUGCUCCGAUGUAUAAGUAUAACACCUUUUCUAAAAGCCAAUUAUAACUACUUGGUAAAUACAUAGGUCUUUUAUUGUUUUUUGAAAAGGUAUUUAAAAUAAAAACGAUUAACGGGAAAAAAGUACGAUUUAUUACGAUUUCGUUAUUUUAAAAAAAAGUACUACGUAAGUAACACGUUUUCUAGUUCAAACAUAGCUCAAAUUGAAAAACGUCAAGUGACCUUUUUUGUUUAAUUAUUAAUCUUGUUUUUAAUGAUAAAGGUGGUUUUUUUAAUUUACAAUUAACUUUUCAUAAUUAUCGGAAAAAAAGUAGGGAGGUUAGGUUAAACAAAAUUACCGUACUUUAAAUUAUGUAUUCCUGAACUGCACUGGUUUCUCGUUGUUCACAGAUAUAAAUGAAAUACCCUUAUAUAUCCUAUCCUCUCAAUUUCUCACCUAAAACAGUGGCCGUACCCGUACGCAGUAUGAGUUCUAUUUUUUUUAUCUGUUUCGUCUGUAUCCUAAAAAUAAUAAGAACAUGUAGAAACUGAGAGUCCGCGUAAAUUUUAUUUUACCCCUUGGUUUUGAUUUUCCAGUGUCAUAAUGGGUGAAACAGUCACAGAGACAAAGACCAAAACCGAGACCGAUGCGACAUUCGAGCAACAGCAAACGAUUCGGAUGAAAGACAUGGUCCGAAAACGAGAGAAAAGCAUUAUGGCUGAAGAAGAAUCAUCUCAGUCGCCGUACUUAAAGCCCAAAAUUUUAUGGUUUAAUGUUAUAUUUCUUGUGGUCCUUCACGGUCUGGCCGUCAGAGGUUUAUUUUAUUUGCCCACCACGAAAUUUCAUACGGUAAUUUAUGGUGAGUGGGUUUCAUAUAAUACAUAACAGUGCACGUAUGGUAUUAAACAUAAUUAAUUAAUUCCAAUAACAUAUAUUCAAACGUUUAAAACAGUUAACACGCACAAUUACUUUGGUUUUCGCAUUAUUUAAAUUUUUUCUUAAUCAUAUCAAACAAUGUUUAGGUAUCUUGUAUCUUUUAGUGCAAACAAUUUCGUGACAUGGUACAGUGGCAUCUUAAAGAUUUAGCAUUGUUUCUUAAAUGUUCUAAAAAACAAAUCCCGAAAAAAGUUAAUGAAUUCCGAGAUGGGUACACUUAAAUAAAUGUACCCACUUAAAUGGAUCGGCCGGUGGGAAAGAAUAUAGGAGAUAGAAUGGGAAUUAUAUAUUCUUAAUGCCUCCCAUCCUAAGUAACCACAUUAUCGAUACAACGAUAAAAAGUAUAUAGACGCAAACUGCAAAAUACAAUUAUUGAAUCAAUGAUACGUAAUGUAUCUGUGAAACUGCCCAACCUUGGUUAUACAUACGUUGUCGUUUUAAUAGAAAAUAAUUAUUUUCGCAGCUUAUUUUGUCGCCACUAUCGCAGGAUUCGGACUUACUGCUGGCAUACACAGGUAUUUCGCGCAUAGAUCUUUCAAAGCAAAACUACCUAUGAAAAUUUUACUCCUCGCGUGUUAUUCAGUAUCGGGACAGGUAUUAUUUCAUAUUUCGGUUUUUGAUAAUAUUUCGUUUGUUUGACCGUGUGGUUUAUUGUUAAAAAUUGUUUCAUCGUAUUAUGCUGUCUUAAUGUAGAACACUGUACCUGAUUGGGUUCGCGAUCACCGGGUGCAUCAUAAGUUCUCUGACACAAAUGCCGACCCGCACAACGUGAACAGAGGUUUUUUCUUCGCGCACAUCGGUUGGCUGAUGCAACAGAAACACCCAGAGGUUUCUAGACGCGGAAAGACCAUCGACAUGUCGGACAUCACCAACGAUCCCUUGAUACGUUUCCACACAAAGUAAUACAAAUUAUUAUUUGAGUAAUUACCGCAACUGACAAUAGGCAAUGAAGACCAUUAAAAUUACGCAGGAUGGUCAAUAUUGGGCAAACUGUAAAUCAUAACGUAAUUACUAAUAUACGGAACGAGAUUAUUGUUUAUUAAGAAUAAUAUUAUUCAUUAUUUUUGCCCUUUUAUAAAUUUACUUAAUCGAUAAUCGUUUCCAACGAGAGUUGAAAAAUGUUUAAUAAAAUAUUUUGUCUAUCAUAAUUUGUAUAUAGAUACUUUACGCCGCUCAAGUUACUGUUGUGUUUUAUCUUGCCGAUUGCGAUACCGGUGUUAGCAUGGAACGAAAACUUUAUCGAAUCCUUAUUCGUGGUCGGUUUUUUGCGAUACGUGUAUACUUUGAAUAUCGUGUGGUCCGUAAAUAGUUUUGCGCACUUUUGGGGAACCAAGCCGUACGACAAGUAUGUAGCCUAUUAUAAUAUAGUAGUAUAAUAAUGAGUAGGGUUCGGGACUUCGAACAUUUCCUUAAUUUUUUGGCUUAACAUGAAAUCUAGCAGAGUUCUAUGGAAAUUCUUGUCGUGGUAUAUUGAUCUCAUUUAAGGGAUUUUAAAAGUGUUUUUCAAAACUAUUUUUCGAUUGUUUUUAGACAAAUUGAUUUUUUAUGUUUUUCCGAUUAUUUUUUAUUUUUCGCACAUCUCUGCUUAACAAGUAACACUGACAAAAACCUAAACAUUUUGAAUAAUUUCUGUUUUGGACUCUAAGUGAAUCUCGGAAUACACUGAUAUUUUCAUUAAUAUUCGAGAUAAUGAGGAAAAAUUGGUUCUUUGAAUUAAAAAAGGUUAAAAAUAAAGUUUUCAUUGGCAAUCGGUUUUAUUUAUUUUUGUUAUUAUUAAGUUUUUAUUAUUUUAAUUUAUUAAUAUUUUUUAAACAAUCGUUGUUGUCAUGAAAAUGCACAUUGUUGAAAAAGUUUCAGGUCCUAAUCACCGAGCUUCGUUUAGACAAUUUUAAAUUCAUUUCUCAAAAGAGCUAUAAGGAGCGAAAAUGUUCUCAAAAAUGCUAAAUGUUUUUGAUUUGUAUAAAGAUAAUUUUUUUUUAUAUUUUCAUGUGUAAAUAUUAAAAUAUAACAACAUAAAAACAGAUGUGUACAUAGUUCCCGUAGUGCUCUUUUUAUAUUUUUAAUUGCUUAUAAUGAAUUAUUUAAGUGCUUUUGUCAACACUUAUUUCCGUGGUAAUAAGUGCUAUAAAACCCGAGCCCUGAUAAAGAGUAUACAGAUAUAUUGUUCCACGAAGAAAUGUUCAUUGCAAUAUUUUCUGAGAUAAUAAAGAUAAUCGAAGUUUGAUUUUCAUAAGUAUUACUCACAGACAUAAGGGUUGCAAUUAAUGUUGUUAUUAUACAUGUUAUACAUGUUAACAUGUUAUUAUUGUUAUUAAUAAUAAUUAAGUGUAUAUUUGAAUUGCAUUAUUAUGUUUUUUGGUAAUAACUAAUAACUUUUAAUUUUUAAAUUUUCGAAAAAUUCGUGAUUUUUAAUAACCUUUUGAAGUCCAGAGAAAUGUACAGUUAACUACACAUAGUAGUACAAAACAUAUUCAAUUAUUAAAUGCAAUUAAAGCCUACCGCAUAAUUUUAGGUAACCGUAAUAAUAAUUAAUAUAAAAUAAUUACAAUUAUUAUGGCUAAUGUUAACUGUACAUUUGUUAUUCUUUUAAUGUCAUUACAAACAAAUUACAAAUCGCGGAUUUAUUGAAAAUAAAACGAUGAAAUGUCAAAACUGAUAAUAGGCUCUAUUAAAUAGCCCUCUUUAAAUUUGUCAAUAGUAAUAAAACAAUAAAGUUAUUUUUUUUUCCAAAAACAUAAAAAUGUAUUUUAAAUGUAAAUGUUUGUAUUCGUUAUGCCUAUGAGUAUUAUGGUAAAAAGAAUAAUUUUGAUUUUUUUUUUUUUGAUUAUCUCCGGAGAUAUACAGUGGGUACCUAUACCUCCGUAGGACACAUUGUUUUAUAGAGCUAUUUACAACAAUAAUUUUUUCCGUGGCACAGGCGCAUUCGACCGACGCAAAAUUUAAUCUUGUCAAUAUUUUCCAUGGGCGAGGGCUGGCAUAACUACCAUCACACGUUCCCAUGGGAUUACAGACCGAGCGAAUUCGGCGGAUAUUGGAUAAACACGACUACGAUGUGGCUGGACUUUUUCGCCCGUUUGGGCUGGGUGUACGAUCUCAAGACAACGUCCAAGCACCUCGUCCAACAAAUGGCCGUUAAUCACGGCGACGGGAGUUCGCAAGGGUCAAAGAACAGUACAGUUACAAUAUCGGAAAGUGAUACCAGUUUCCGAAAAAACGAUAAGAACUAAUUACAAAAAACGACUGCAUAGAAUUUGUGGCCGACAUAAAAUUUUCCAAUAUUUUAUGAAACAUACAUUGUCAGUAAUAAUAAGUCAUGGUGAUGGGAAUACUCCAUGAAAACAUUAACGUUUCAAGAGUUUACCAUAAUUUUUUUAUUCUCAAACAAGUCGUAUUAAUAUUAAACGUUAGUGACACUGCGAUAUUUUUUUUAUUUUUUUUUUAUUUUUAUCGUCAACUAAGGUAUGAAUAUGUAAACAAAAAGACUCACGAGGCAAAUAAAUUUAUCUGAUGACAUUUUUUAGUUUGUUUGUUUAAUUUCGGCAA